CUUUUCCCCGCCGGAACUCGCAAGCAGCAUAAGCGCGUUGGUGCGUCUGAGAAGUUUUUGUAGUCCUGGUGGAGCUGUUCUUGGCUGCGAUUUUUAUGGGACAGCUGCGUCCACCUCCACUCCCAGCUCCACCUCUGAGUCAACUAGUGCAGGAGCUUUAGCUUCGACAAGCGGAAUUACACGUGCCUCCAACACCACCGCCGAAGCGCUGGACGUUCUCGCGACCGCCGUGGACGAAAAGAUCGAGAAAUUUCAGUGGCAGGAACUGACCACGGUCUUGAAUGCGCUCAGCCUGGUGUCUUCUUCUGCUGGGAGUGCCGCUGGCGGCGCGAUGAAUGCAAAUGGACAAAUCCUGCUAGGUGGAAGUGGAACCACGA